AUUGGGGAGAUCGUACAUGGUAUAGUUGAUGAUUUUCACGGAGUUGCGAAUAGAAAUUUAGGAGAAGCAUUUCUCAUGGUUUGGCGGCUACCGAGCUCUGAAGUGGAAGAAAUGGAUGCGGAAAUUGCGAAAAAACGGCAAAAAUUAGCCGAUAUGUCAGUGAUGGCUUUCGUGAAAAUUUUGGUAGCGAUAAAUAAAUCACCAGUAUUGGGAGAAUAUCGGAAUCAUCCGGGACUAUUCGGAAGGCUGGGAGAUGCGUAUAAGGUUAGUAUGGGUUUUGGCUUGCAUGUUGGAUGGGCGAUCGAAGGCGCGAUUGGUUCAAAGUUUAAAAUUGACGCGAGUUAUUUAUCACCUAAUGUGAAUAUGGCUAGCAGAUUGGCAGCAGCGACAAAACAGUACGGGACGAAUAUUUUAUGUUCAGAGGCUCUGAUUAGAAAUAUGUGUUCGGAAAAUAUGAGGAAAUAUGGCAGAGUAAUUGAUAAUGUUAUGGUGAAGGGUUCGAAAGUCCCGGUGAGGCUGUACACCGUUGAUAUUGAUGUUCAAUCAUUGGAGGUGGCUGAUCUUGAAAAAAUGGAUAUCAACUUGAGAAAUGCCAUCUCGCGAUCUAGCAGUCUCGCGAGAAGCAAUUUGGGUGACUUCAC